CUGACUGGAGACCAUAGAAGAAUUCUGAACUAGAAGGGUUCCCGCCUGAAAAAUAAUCAGCCUUGGAGGGAGUUGAUGGUGGGGUGAACUUGAUUGAAAAGUGCAGUAAAUCCAGACGAAACAAUUGGCGAUAUGGAUGAUUUAUACAUCGAUAAUAUUGACGAGUUUGUGUACGAUCAAAACAAAAUUGUGACAUAUAAAUGGCUGAGCCUGACCCUUGGGGUUCAUGUUAAUCAGGCUAAGCAGAUGCUUUAUCAUUAUUUGGAGAAAAAACGUAAGGAAUGCUCUGCUUCUCAGCUCCAUGCCACUUACCUAGUAUCUGGAAAAUUUCAGCAGAAUGGCAAUACAUGUCACAAAGUGACUGUAGUUCGAGAAGAUCAACUUGAAGAUACAAAAUCCAAAUUGAUUGUAACUGCAAGCAUCCAUGUUUAUAGCAUUCAAAAGGCAGCACUUAAAGAUAGCAGCCCUCUCUUCAGCACAGAUUAUGAUAUAAUUAAAGAGAACCUUGAUAAUUGCAGCAAGUACAGUGCAAUACGAUGUGCCAUUGCUACACCCAGAACUUCAGAAGAAAUAUCUCGCCUUCAGAGUCUCGCUCAUGUGACGACUCCAGUGUCAGAUGGGCAAGCAGUGACUAGCAAACCUUCCAUAAAUGGAGACAUGUCUGCUACAAAGCCAGUGUCCCAACAAGCAAAGGGUAUUGUGGGACUAUUUGCAUCGAAAACCACAUCAAAGUCCAAAGAGACCAGCAAAGAGGUGAAAACGGAGUCAAAAGAAAACUCAGCCACUGCAGCGGUUGCUGAUAAGCCAGUAAAUAAAACUAAAGUUCCUAAUAACUUUUUUGGAAAAGCAGCAACAAGUAAAUCUAAAUCAUCUGCCCAGGAUGAAGGGAAGCUAAUAAAAGAAGAGACUAACUCUCAAGCUUCAUUAUCAAAAGAAGUGGAAAAGCAAAGUUCUAAUUCAGUUGUUAAGCCAGCACCUGAUAUCAAAGAAGAAUUACCGAAGAAUUCUGAAGUGCCACCCAAAAAAACUAAGGAAAAUAAAAUCAAGACAAAGCGACUAGAACAUUCUGACAGUGAGAAUGAGAAAUCAGAAUCUCAGAAAAAGAAAAGGAGAAGAAUAAAGAAACCACAGCCUGAAAGUAGUGAUGAAGAAGUUAUUCCUGAUUCACCUCCUUCAUCCAGUGCAAAAACAUCAUUAGCAUCUCCACAUAAAGAAGUUAAAAAAGAGCCUGCAAACAGUACUGAGAAUACAUCAAAUGUCAGGAGAAGAAAGAAGAGAAAAGUUUUGAAAUCUCGAACCUCUAGGGAUGAAGAGGGAUGCAUUGUGACUGAGAAGGUCUAUGAAAGUGAAUCUUAUUCAGAGAGUGAAGAUGACUUUUCAAAGUCAAACAAAACACAGCCUACCAAGUCAACAGCCUCGGUCAAAACAGUAACUGGAAAAAAAGACGAUGAGAAAAAGGGUCAUAAAAAAUCACCAGCAUCUUCUAAUAAGGGAUCCAAGCAAGCAUCAAUUAUGGGAUUCUUUCAGAAAAAGUAACUUUAAGUAUUCCUAUUCUAGGUUUUACUGAUUUACUAAAAGACCAGAUUUGUAAUUUAUCGUUGCUGUCAGUCAGGUGUUGACCAGUGAGACUGAAAAUGUGCACAUUCUGUCUUGGAAGACAUGUUCUUAAUGCUGGAUUGGCUGUGGGGUGGGACCAAGCUCUGCUUUCAUAUGGUGAACUGAAGUAAAUUAUAAUAGUUUUGUGUUAAAAAAAAAUGUUACUCGUUUUCAAUAAGCUGAAAUGAAAAGCUUGUCAAACUUCAAAACUAAACUGUGUUUUUCAGAUGAAAGUUUUGGCUGUCUAUUCCUAAUUAUUUGUGAAAUAGUUAUAAAAAAGUAAUUGGCAGGUUUCACAUUUUUCAGAAAAGAACACAACAUGAUAAUAAUGCUAUGAAAAUUAUAAUUAUGAACACAGAGGAAAAAUAUUUUCCACUUGAUAAAAUAUAUUUAGUAAAAAACUUAAAUUAUGACUGCUUGAAAUACAGGUUGUCUUAUUUCCAUAUUUUAGAAAAUGAGUUGUUUUUACUUUUGAAAUACUCAGAACAAGCACUGCCAAGUUUACUUUCUAUGCUGAUUCUUUAAAAUGUCAGGUUGUACAAAGGUAAGUCAUUUCUCAGCAUCCUUCGUAGUCAUAACUUGGCGGAGCUACCUUGUUAUUGAAAAUGUACUAUUUCUAAUGUUUACUUUGGGCUCUCUGCCAGUUUUAACAAUCUACUUUGCCAGAAAAAAUAAUUGCGUCUCUGUUGCUGCUGGCUUUUAUACAUGACGAUUCUUCAAGUUUAUUGUUUAGGCGGGUGAAAGUCACUGAUUCCACAUGUAUAAAGCAAUGUAGCUAAAAAUAAUCUUAGUAGAAGGCAAAAUAUGAGUUAAAGAAACUCUGUCAAUAUGACAGUUCUAUGUUUGUGUGUUGAAAAACAAAGUUAAACACCAUUGGCUUGGACACUGCUGCUACUUUACAGUUUUUCAAAGUGCCAAGUACACACGUCAAUAUUUCAUAUAUAUUUUAAGUUGUGUAAAAAUUGCAACCUUUGGUUUUCUAAUAAAAGUAAGUGAUAUUC